UUGGCUCGUUUCCCUUCCUUGGAAAUGAGAUGUUGGCAAAGUUUCAGCAGUAAAAGCUGGAAUAGCAAGAAAAGAAAAGAAAACUAAAAACAGGCAGACUCACUCAGCCAUCGGUAACAAUACAGUUUUAUUCUAGUCUAAGCUUUUCUGCUGCCUGGUUCAUCUGGUGGAUUACUUCCUGUUUCAGUGGCUGCAGUAGAAAUAACACCAAAUCCCGACAUCCUCGGACAUUUAUGACAGCAUAAGUGUUGGAUCAUAACACGGAAAUGUUGGCAGCACUCUGCUGUUUCCUGUUUGUCUUCGCCUCUGCAGAGCAGGAAACCAUCACAGCUGAGUCUGGACAGAACGUCACUCUGACAUGUCGAGCUCCAAACAGCAACAACAUCAACACCAUGGAGUGGCACAGACCUGACCUGGAGCCGGUGUAUGUGCUUUUGUUCCGGGAUGGACACGUUGAUCCGGAUAACCAGCAUCCAUCCUUUAAGGACCGGGUGGAUCUGCAGGACAGACAGAUGAAGGAUGGAGACGUGUCUGUGAUCCUGAAGAACGUGACAGUUAAUGACACUGGAACAUACGAGUGUCACGUCUUUGAGAUAGGAGCAAAGCAAGGGAAGCUCCUCAGAGGCAUCACCCUGAGAGUUGUUCCUCCAGGUUCAGGAGGAGCUGCUGGACUGAUCGUCAGUCUGCCAGAUUUCGUUCUUCUUCUUGUUCUUGUUGCUGUUGGAUUUGUGGUCUAGAGAAGAACAGAGUCGGGGUCCAUACGAACGUCCUGCUGCAGAGAUCCAGCAAACAGCCAUCAGAUUCAUCCUGAUACGUCUGAUUAUCAUCAAACCUGCGUUAAUGUGUCAAAUCUGGCAGUGAUCCUGUGAACUACAACUUCAGUGUUUCAUGGAGGAAGUUUACAAGAACAAAAGACUGCUUCAGAUCAACUGAUGGACAUUUUUGGCUUGUAGGUGUGAAACAUCCAGAACAUCCAGAACAAACAUAAACAGGAGUUUAAAAAUGUUUUUUAUUAUUUUUUUAGAUCUAAAACAUAUUUUUGUAUAAAAGCAAUAAAGAUCC